AUGUCUGCAAGCGCCCCGAACCUGACUGGUCCCCCUUCCUUGCAGGAUCCCAUGAGCAAGCUGUGGCGGCGCGGCAGCACCCCCGGGGUCAUGGAGGCCCCUGAGCCGGGGGAAGCGCUGGAGCUGAGCCUGGCGGGUGCCCACGGCCACGGCGUGCACAAGAAGAAACACAAGAAGCAUAAGAAGAAGCACAAGAAGAAACAUCAUCAGGAAGAGGACGCGGGACCCGCGCAGCCUUCGCCUGCCAAACCCCAGCUCAAGCUCAAGAUCAAGCUGGGCGGGCAGGUCCUGAGCACCAAGAACGUGCCUACCUUCACUGUGUUACCUGAGGGGCCUCGCUCACCCUCUCCCCUUAUGGUGGUGGAUAAUGAAGAGGAACCCAUGGAAGGAGUGCCCUUGGAGCAGUACCGUGCCUGGCUGGAUGAGGACAGUAAUCUGUCCCCCUCCCCACUUCGGGACCUGUCCGGCAGCUUAGAAGGUCAAGAGGAAGAGGAGGAACAGAGGUGGCUGGAUGCCCUAGAGAAGGGCGAGUUGGAUGACAACGGGGACCUGAAGAAAGAGAUCAAUGAGCGAUUGCUUACUGCCCGACAGCGCGCCCUGCUGCAGAAGGCCCGGAGCCAGCCGUCACCGGUGCUGCCGCUGCCCCUGGCCGGCGGCCCUGCGCCCCCGCUCACCGAGGAGAUGCUGCUCAAGCGCGAGGAGCGCGCGCGGAAACGGCGGCUGCAGGCGGCGCGGCGCGCGGAGGAGCACAAGAACCAGACGAUCGAGCGGCUCACCAAGACGGCAGCGCCGGGCGGGCGCGGGGGCCGCGGCGCGGCGCGGGGCGAACGGCGAGGCGGGCGAGCGGUGGCGCCGGCGCCCACCGUGCGCUACAGCAGCGGGGCCCAGGGCGCCACGCUGUCCUUCCCCCCCUGGGUGCCGGCGCCCGUGGCCGUGGCACCUGCCCCUGCCCCGCGAGCCCCCCCCCCGCGCUGCUCCGUGCCCGACUGCCCGCACCCGCGCUGCUACGCCUGCUCCCGCACGGGCCGCGCGCUCUGCAGCCUGCAGUGCUACCGCAUCAACCUGCAGAUGCGCCUGGGCGCGCCCGACGGCCCCAGCUCCCCGCUGCUGGCCACGUAG